UUUCCACCACUGCGUGCAGAGAGCCUUAGUGCUGAUGUUGUUUGUUAAACAUAUUGUAAGUUUUCAAAAUUCUAUAUCAGCAUUUCAGGUGCCUUACUUAAGAUGCAAAGGUCUUUAUAUGCACACCAAGACAUAACAUGGCUUAGUACAUGCAAAAACAUGAUUGGUUCAGGCUAUAAAGAAAAACUAUAGGGGAAUGUUAAUCCAUACUCAAAACGCUACAGAAUGAAGGUGGUCACCCAGCAGAGAUUAUUAAAGAAUGUUGACAAUCACUUCAUAUGCUGAAGCCAAAGUCACAAAGAGUCUUUGUUGGGGCCACAACAAAACCCCCGUUCUUCUGUGAUUCGACACGUACACAGAAUUACAUGGUACUUGCACUAGAGAGCUUGACCUUGCACUGCUGACUGAAAUGCAGGAUGGAUUUGUUCUUCACUCUUUGACAAUGCAGGAUAAGAACAAAUAUUUUGGUAACAUACUUGGACCGCUGGAGCAGACGAUGUGACAAUGCAAAGUCUGAGGUUGCUUACAUUUUGAUUCAACAAAUAAUCUGCAAAAAACAACUAAGAGCACUGGGGCUUCACUAUUUUCAAUAUCAAAGGGGAAAGAAAAACCGACAGAUGGAGAUGGAGACGACCACAAUGCCUCCAAAGGCCUCGAGGCUCACAGCAGAAGAAGAUGCACUGGCAUCCCAGGUACUGGAGAUCAUUGGUGGGAUCACUCUUGAGGCCCUCCAGACCCUGGAGGAACCUGAAGAAAGAGAUGUGUGGUCAGUGGAGGAGGGAGAUGACUCAGUGUUUUACAGUGAUGAGGACCAAGCUCAUCAGGACAUAAAAGCAAACACAUCUCGUGAUUUUGGUGCCAACGUGUGCGAGCAUCACGUCAACAGUGUGGCAGCUGAUGAAUCAAUCCCACAGAGGGAGGAUGAUCCAGGAGAAGAAUCCAUUAUUGACAAAGAAAAGUCAGAGAUGGAGAAGGAAGUGACUUGGCAGGUCAUUCUGGCUGAACAAGAAGAGGAACGAGAAGAGCUCCAGACACCCAAAACUGAACCUAUGGAUCAGUCAGAUCUUGCAGAUCCAGAAGCCCAGUCUAAUCUAACGCCAGAGAAGUCAGUGAGCACCUGUGGAGAAUCUCUGCAACUAAACUGCACAUUUGCAGACAUGCAGACACAGCCUGAGCAAACUAUAUCAGCAGAAAAAGCAAAUCUACCAGUUGAGGAGGAAGAAGAGGCAGUAAAUUCACAGACACUAAACCUUGAACCCUUUGAUGUAACUGAUGAGGAGAGUUAUACGAGGCUGAAUGGGGAGGCAGAAGUCCCAGAGCAGAUGUCUAGUGCUGAACUCCAGAUAUCAGGUGACAGGCAGCUUCAGGUGGACCAGGAGCCAGAGCAGGAGCACAGCUUCCACAUUCCUGUGGGGUUUCAUCAAAACCCCGGUCCAGGCUACUCCACUCUGCCUCUCCCAAAGAUAUCCGGUCACAGUGACGGCCACCAGAAAUCCUACAACCACCUCACUUCCUCCAAAUACAGCACUGUGUCCUACCGCAAGAUCCGCAGAGGCAACACCCGCCAGAAGAUCGAGGAGUUUGAGCACAUGCUAAUGAAUUUGUAGAGAAGAUGGGUUCAAUGCCUUUUUCAGGAAAAUAAAAACUGCUGGACAUGGUCCAUAACAAGAAAAUGAGCAUUAAAAGAGACUGAUUGUACAUCUAUUCCAUAUGGUACACAGUAUUCAUAUUUAUUUGUUCUGAAAUGUAGUUGUAGAUGGUAUUGAAAAUAUCUGAUGUUAACUCUCCAGGUCACACAAAUCUUACAAGACUUCUAAAUGAAGAGCAAUAUUUUAUCUUUAGCUGUUGUGUAGUGUCUGACUGGAGAGCAAUGCCUAACAACGAUCUCAUAUCUAAGAGGUACUACGUUUUUCAUUCAAUGGUUUUAGGAUGAAAACAUCUUGUUAUGUGAGGCAGGUAUUUGAACAGCAGAUUAAAUAAAUAAGAAGCUCAGGGCUUUAUAAUCCUACUAGCUAUAAUAAGUAAGUUGUUGUUUGGUAUUAGAGCUUCAGUACCCUAACCUCUGGAGCGAGACUAUUAGGGUAAGUAUUUUUUAAGUGAUUAACCAAAGAUACAUACUUACAUGUCCUAAUGGCUAGUGGAUAAGAAAAAAUAAUAAAGACAUACAUGCUAUUGAA